AUGAGCAUCCAAAAGGAGAGUCCUCUCAGACUCAGGCGUUUUGAUAAUCAUGGCAAUGCGUGGCUUGUUCUUCUUCUCAUACAAAUCUCACCGCCGGCAACCGCUCAGACGGCAGCACCACCAGUGGACCCCAACAACAAUAAAUCCGUGGCGGCCAUCAUGGGGAUCGUGGCCUUUAUGUUCCUCAUCUCAGGUUUGCUUUCACUCUACUCUCGUAAAUGUGGUGACCGGCGAGGACAAAUCCGAGGCAGGAUAGACCUCACUCUUCCCACCGGAGGAAGCGGUCGCCGGUCGCAAAACGAGCCUCGCGGUCUCAACCAAGAAGUCAUAGAUACCUUCCCGACGUUCCUCUACUCAAACGUGAAGGAUCUCAAGAUUGGGAAAGGAACCUUGGCAUGCGCCGUGUGCUUGAAUGAGUUCCAAGACGAUGAAACCCUGCGCAUGAUCCCAAAGUGUAGCCACGUUUACCACCCAACUUGCAUCGAUGUUUGGUUGUCCUCUCACUCCACUUGCCCAGUUUGCCGUGCAAACCUUGUUCCAAAACCCGAUGACAACAACAACAACAACAACAACAUGUGCAUGCCUCCGAUGGUGUCCAUUCAGAUUCCGGAUGAUCAUGAUUAUGAUCACGAGCAGCAGCACCACCUAAACGCUGAAGAGAACACUGGAGAGGAUCAGAAGAGAGAAAACAACGUCGAUUUGGAAUCACCAAAUGUUGAUUUUCUUCGUAGGAGUCGAACGAUGAAUUACCAGAACCGUCCAACACGGUCGAGGUCAACAGGAUUCUUAUUUGCUCUCUUGUUUCCGCGGUCAAACUCAACUGGUUCGGUGUUGUUACAGCCUGGUGAGAACUGUGAAAGGUUUACUCUGAGGUUACCUGAUGAGGUUCGAAGCCAGAUGCUGAACUCAACGUUAAAACGCACGAAUAGCUGCGUCAGUUUUACGAGUAUGAGCAGUGGGACGAGGGGUUAUAGGACAAGAAGCGUUGGGAGUGGACGUGGGUUUGGGUGUGAGGAGCAUUGGGGUUUCACUUUGACGCCACCGUUUAUUAGGAACAGUUGUAAUAGAUCGGCUAGAAAAUCACCUGUUCAGUGUUCAUCAGGAGUUGCUUUGGACAAUAAUGUUGGUGAGAGAUCCUCUGAUCUCUUGUGUCCUGGGUAG